CGGGACAUACGCGUCUAAGCAACCAAUGACCAAGUCUUCGUCAGAGUUGAUUUACGGAGAGGUAUUGACCUUUAUGGCGUCACAUAAACAGGUUGACGGAUCGCGUCUCGGCAUGCUGGGUAUUAGCUUUGGGGGAAACUGCGCCACGCGGAUGGCCAUGGUAGAUAAGCGUCUUAAGGCAGUGGUCGUCAACGGGGCACGUUAGGUCGGUCAUUGUGCUUGUCGGGAUCAUUUGGAAUGCCCGAAGUGGUCGUCCGAGCACUAUUCUCUGUUGCGGGGGCGAAGACACUGCUAGACCUCAAAAGCAGACUUGAUGCCUUUGUUCCCACCCGGGAGGGUAUUGAACAGAUUCAAUUUCAUGUUUUC